CUAGCUUUCUGCAGAGGGCGUGUUGUGAGGGUGCCCAAGGGUCCUCUUAUUCGAGUCGUGGGCACAGAAGUGGUGAUCCCUUGCAGCGUUAGUGACUACGAUGGACCCAGUGAACAGAACUUUGACUGGGAGUUCUCCCGGGAGACUGACUUUCUGCGGAUAGUGAGUACCUGGGAUUCUACAUUCACCUCUGAGGAGUACCAAAAACGUGUGGGCAACGGGGAUAUCAAACUGAGACGGAGCAGCAACGAUGCUGUGGAACUUGUGAUUAGAAACAUCCAGCAGACUGACCAGGGGAGAUACAAAUGCUCCACGCCCAGCACUGAUGCCACCGUUCAGGGAAAUUAUGAUGCAGAGGUCCAAGUGAAAGUGAUUUCUGAUGGCUUGUUGGUGAGUGGUUCAAAAGGACGUUCCUCAAUGUCUCUCAGGCUGUCUGAGGGUGACUCCUUCAAGUUGCGCUGCUCAGCAAUUACCGCCUCACCAGAGCACACUCACCUGCAUGUGACUUGGCAGAUCAAAAGUGGAUCAACUUGGCGAGACAUCCUAUCUUUGACUCAUGAGGGCAAAUUUCAGCCAGGUCCUGGCUAUGAAGAGCGCUACCGUAAUGGAGAUAUCCGCCUGGACACGGGAGCAAAUGACACAUAUUGGUUAUCUGUAUCCCAGGCCUCAUCGGUGGAUGGGGGUGCCUACAGAUGUCUUGUGAGCGAGUGGGUGAGAGGGGCAGACAGCUCAUGGCAGAAGAUUCAGGAGAAGAGCGUGGAGAUAGCAAGUGUGGCAAUCCAACGAACUGCUCUAGAUGUGGUCAUCUCAACAAACAAUGUGUCUGUGACCGAAAAAGACUCCCUGGAUCUUACAUGCAACAUCACAACAGACAGGAGUGGUAUUUUCCAAGCAGAGGUGAUGUGGUAUUUUUCUGCAUCACCUGAUGAUACCUUGUCAGAUGCUCAGGUUUUGCUGAGCAUGGACCGUGAUUCUGUUGUCAGUGAUUCAACUCGCAUCAGCCUGAGCCAUGUAGAUAGGAACUCCUAUCGCCUGUUGGUGCGUGAUGUGGAUGUAGAAGACUCUGGCUAUUACUUCUGCCAAGCAGCUGUUUGGGUACCACUGCACAACGGAAGCUGGUAUAAGGUGGUGGAGAGGACAUCUGCACCGGUCAGUGUGGUGGUGACAACAUUAGAGCCAGUCUAUGAGGUGUUUCUGAAUGCCUCUAAAACACCCAAGUUUUCAGAUGACCCUACAGAGCUCAACUGCAGGAUCACAAACGCGCAGGACACCGAAGCAAACAUCCGCUUCACAGUUUCCUGGUACUACCGGCCGCGCCUGCGCAGUGACGAUGUGGUGGCAGAAGAGCUCCUGGCCACGAUGGAUGCGGACUGGACUCUGCUGCUUGGAGACAGGAGCAGAGAGCGGACUCGAAAUGGGGAAAUAAUCUUCUCUAAAAAGACUGCUGACACCUUCAGUUUACGAAUCCAGUGGACUUCAGAAAGUGACAGAGGGGAUUACUUCUGUGUCAUCUCUGCAUGGAGUAGGCACCGCAACAACAGCUGGGUAAAGAACAAAGAUGUGACUUCUGCACCUGUCAGCAUUUUCUGGGCUACUCAAGAUUACAUGCUGACAGUGGAGGCAGUGAAAUUGAAGCCAUUCUUUGUAGCAGGCCACACCUUUGAGAUGACAUGCAAAGUGUCUUCAAAAAACAUCAAGACGCCACGCUAUUCUGUCCUCAUUACAGCUGAGAAGCCACUAACGGAUCGGUCGAAUCCCAAUGGAACAACUCGCAUCAUCUCCUUGAACCAGGAUUCAGUAGUGCGACUGGAAGACUGGACAGACCAGACUCGUGUGGACGGUGUGGUUCUAGAGAAGGUCCAGGAGAAUGAGUUCCGCUACAGGAUGUAUCAGACUCAGAUUUCUGAUGCUGGGCUGUAUCGCUGUGUGGUGACUGCCUGGUCUCCAGGUGGUGGUGGCAUGUGGCGUGAAGCAGUGAAUGGCUUAUCCAACCCCAUCCAGAUAGACUUCCAGACAUCAGGUCCUGUCUUUAAUGUCUCGGUGCAUUCUGACAACCCAACGGUUUACCAAGGUGAACUGGCAGAUUUGCUGUGUAUCGUCACAACAGAAGGAAUGGCACUUGACCCAGAUGAUAUGUCCUUUGAUGUCUCCUGGUUUGCUGUGCGCUCCUUUGCAUUGGACAGAGAGCCUGUCUUGCUGGCCUCGCUGGACCGGAGAGGGAUUGUCACGCAGAGCAGGAGAAAUGGGAGCAGUGACCUCAGCCUGGAGAGAAUCAGCCCACUGGAAUUCCGGCUCCGCGUGCAUGGCUGUGAGGACCAUGACUUUGGGAACCACUACUGCGUAGUGACCCCGUGGGUGCGAUCUGCCACCGGCAUAUGGCAGCGGGAACCUGACAUCAAAGCCAAACCCAUCUUUCUGUCUGUGAAAAUGGAUGUUCUGAAUGCUUUCAAGUAUCCCCUGUUGAUUGGCAUUGGUCUGGCCACUGUCAUUGGACUCUUAUCCUGCCUCAUUGGCUACUGCAGCUCCCGUUGGUGCUGCAAGAAGGAAGUGCAGGAAACAAGACGAGAGCGUCGCCGGCUAAUGUCGAUGGAGAUGGACUGAGCGUGGGAGCCAGACACACUUGCGUUUCGGGAGAGACUCACGGGGCUCUUGGACUGUGCUGAGACACUUGCUCACAGGCCCAGACAAGACAGUGCAUUUCCUCUCUGAUUUCAGCCUGGACCU